AUAAAUAAAACAGUUCGGAUUGAAAAAUAAAAAACAUAUCAUUCAGAUGGUAAAAAGUGAAGAUUGUAAUAGAACAUGAAAUUUAAAUAUUUAAAAAAAUAGUGAAUUCCUUGAAAAAAUGUAUAACUUGUGGAUAAUGUAAACGUGACAUAAUUGUAAAAUUCUAUUGUUCAAAUUGAUAUUAAUAUUUGCAAAAACAUUUAUUAAUAUGACACAAAAAUAAAAAGCAAAGAAGAUAAAUAAAUGCUUACGUAAAUAUGAAAAAAAAUUCUAUCUGAAAAAUUCACAAUCAGCAAAUAAUCCUUUGUUGAAAAACACCACGAAAGUGAUCCUAAUACAAUAAAUGAUAUAAAUUAAUUUGCCAACUGCAUAAUAAUCUCAGAAAUUAAAUCGAUUUUCUCUCUUAAAAACUAAAUAAAUAAAAUAAAUAAAAAUCUAAAUAAAUAUAAUACUAGAUAAAUAAAAUCACUACACUAAUAACAGCGAUUUCUGCAAUAAAUUAAGCGAGGUAAAAGAAUUAAUUUUCGAAAAUGGACUAUGAUAGUUUAGCAAAUCCAAUAGAAACCGUGAGUUUGAUUCCAAUCUACACUUAUUUUUCUCUACUCAGCGAUUUUCUAUUCAGCGAAAAUUAUUUAUCAAUCGAUGAUCGACAAAGUCAAAUUCCGGUCGUUAAUGGACUUUACAAGUAUUUCGACGAACGUCCAAAUAAUACUGAAGAUCUAAUUCGAAGUUUAUUGCAAGGUAGCGAUUUGUAUGGGGAAAAAAUUGGAGAAUCAGUCGAUGAAACUUUCGUUAAUGCAAUGUUUGACUAUAUUAUAAGUUCCCUUGUCUUCAGCAAAUUUGGAAAUAUUUACGGCUUUCUGGCUGAAGUUGUUCGAAAAACAGACAGUUUACUAAUAGACAAUAUUCUCCAGAAUGUAAAGAUAAGUCUUAGUUUAAUGGUAAUUCAGAGUGAAAACGGUGAUCGUUCGAUGCUAACACCAUUAGCUGUUGAUCGAAUUUUUAAUGACAUAAUUUCGCCCUUAUUUCCAAAAUCGAAAAAUCCUGAUCACAGACUGCUGUCACUUGAUUACAUUUACGCUCAGGCAGGUUCAAAUUUACUCCAACCGGGACGAAUGAAUGCCACCUAUUAUUCCAACGAGUUCACUGAAAAAAAUAAAAUCGAUAAUAAAGAAACCCUAUUCGAUGAAUAUUUAUUAAUUGGUCAUUUACUUGAAGAAUUAAUUAUUGCCGAGAAAGUUGCACAACUCAAUGUCACUGCUUUUGCCCUACCAGCACUUUUCGUCUACGUUAUCAAUGAAAAGAAGACGCUAGAACAAGAGAAAACAAUAAACAUUAUUUACGACCCACAACACUGGCUAAGAGCCUACAACACUUUUCUUUUACAUCUAGACAAAAUUUACAGUAAAAUUGAGUCAUAUCUAAAAGUCGACGCUAAAUACAAUCUACACUUUGCUCUAUCAAACUAUAAAACACUUUCCUCUCUCACCAAAUAUUACACAACCCUUGAUCCCGAUUGUCAACCAGAAAAUAUUAAUACCGAAAACAAAUGUGCAAAUAUUUCAGAAAAAAUUCAAUCUCACUUCAAUCACAAUAUUGACAAUAUAAUUUAUGCCUAUAAAACUUUUGAUACCAAAUCAAUAAACAAUGCAUUCGACAAUUAUUUUCCAUCUACAGUUCGUAAUUUAAAAGUAAACGUAAAAUUAAUGAACAUGGAUUUUGUACAUUACAAAUUGAAAGAGUAUUUAAAUUUUUCAAACAUUUUUGAAAUUUACUAUCCAAACGGCACAGCAAGGUAUUUUUCGAUAAAACGAGAAAACUACCAAGCUAAAAUAAAAAGGAAUUUCCAAUUUCGACUAUUUUUGGAUAAAACUACUCGUUCUCCUGACGACAAAACAAGAAGCUCUUUCACACAACAAUUAAAUUCCAUAAGAGAUAAAAUUGUCCAAGAAAAAAGUAAAAAUCUAAAAGAAUUACUAAUGACAAAUCAGUCAUUGAAUGCUGAUUGGUGGAAGGAAUACGGUUUCACCCUUGUGCCAUUUUAUCCAUAUUUAUCGGGCAAAAUUGACAAUAUUACAGAUUCUGAAGUUGAUACACUCACUUUCUAUUCAAAUGAAAACAAUGAAAAAAUAUCCCUGUACUUACUGGAAGAAAAUACAAAAUCGAAUUUAACAUCCACUGGCACAACUAUAAGAGCACUAAAUACGAAAAAAUUAUUAACAAAAAUUAUUGAGGAAGAAAAAGUUCUAAAGUUCGAAAUAUACGCAGAUUAUCUGAAAUAUUCAAGACUUUCGAAAUUUACCAACGAUGCAAUCGAAUUUUAUCAAAGAUCAUUAAUACGUUUCUCUAUGCCUCUUAACAAUAUUCUUCUCAAGAAAAAUGAACUACUAACAGUUCUUAAGGAGAAUAUCAAUAGAGUAAAAAUAUUAACAAACCUAUCUUACCAAAAUGUGUUGAACUUGAUAGAAAAUAUAAUGCAAUACAUAAUGACUAUUAUAAUUUUUUCCAAAUCCGAUUCUAACGACUAUGAACGCAAAAUAAACGUAUUAUCACAAACCAGUCUUCUAGAUUCCAACUUUGGUUAUAAAUUUGUCACUCUAAAUGAUUACAACAUUGCAAUUUUACGUACAAUCGAUUAUUAUUCGGGUCCAAGGAAAGUUCUUCUACUUCAAAACAAUACUGACUCACCAAACGAAAAAAUAUACCGAAUAAUCAAUUCCACAAAUCUGAAGCCAACCAAUGAAUAUUUAUACGAAAUUGACAACAGACUACAAAAAUUCCCUCAUUCCUUCCAAUUCGAUUCGAUAGACGUUGCCGAUUUUAAUCUAAAUGACUGCAACAGUAAGAAUAAAGUAACAAUUAAAAAAUGUCUUCGAAGAACGAAUAAGGAAAAUCAAAAAUGGAUGGCAAGUUACGUAUAUGCUCAAUGCUUAUACGAAAUGACAAAUAUGACAAAAUUACAAACUAAAAACAUAAUCGACAAUUACGUAUUUCCAGAGGAUGAAGAUUUCAACACUACGGAAUUUAUCCAAAACUGGAUUAGAGAAAAAGAUUUAUUAAGUCCAAAAUAUGCUAAAAGAUAUAUAAUUCCACGUAAAGAGGUUUUGUUUAAACUAAGAUACAGCGAAUGGUUAGAGGAAGAUGAUUUACAAUUUUCAGAAAUGAAAGAGAGAAUUAAAAAAAUUUAUACACCAGAGCAGAGGAAUUUAAUUGAAGCAAAAACAACAUUACAGGCAAUUUUUGACAAAUACAAAUCCGAUAAUCAACGAUUUGUGGCAACAUUCGAUGAUUAUUAUGCAAUUCGUAAUUUUGCAACAACUGGUUAUAGGAGAAUAAAAAGCGACAAUGACGAAGCAAAACGAAUGAAAAUUGCCCUCUAUAAAUUAGCUAUUAGACAAUCUGAUGAUCCACCUGAAAAAUUUGAUACCAUUUUAUGUGUCAUUGAAUCAUUCAGCGAAAAAUCCGUUCAGAAAUUAUUUUUUGAACAAUCGGAAUAUACUCUACAAAAAUUCACCAUCACGAGUCCAAGAAUUGUCAAUAAAGUUACAUACCAUAGAGAGGGUUUUGUGAAUGUUAUGUUUAGAAUGAUAUUUGCGAACUUUUAUUUUAGAGGAAAAAUUCAUCAGAAAAAUUGCUUUUUACAUACGAGAUCGAUUCUUUUACCGGGGGCAAGAUUUAAAAUUAAAAGAGCAGAAUAUAUUAAUGUAACUGGACUCGGUUAUAUUUUGCGUGUUAGAUUGGAAUAUAUGUAUGAGGAUAAUGAGAUAUAUUCAGGGUAUAAAAGGAUUAUGAAGAGUAUUGCGGAAAUUGAUUUGUAAAUUAUCAUUUUUUUUAAUACUGAUGAUAAUAACUGCGAUUUGUAAUAUUUUUCUUUGUUUGAUACUAAACUAAAAAACAUGUCAUUACGCAAUUAAUAAAAUUUUGAAUCUCAAGUUAAAA